GCACUUCAAAAAUAUCACUGGUUCAAUCCCACAAUCCAUCACAAAGUUAAAGCAUCUGGUAUUGCUGGAUCUCAGUGAUUUGAGUCUGUCAGGGCCGGUUCCCAACUUCCUUAACCAACUCACUCUUCUCGACAGACUCGUUCUCUCAGACAAUCAAUUCUCUGGUUCCGUUCCACCCAAUCUCUCAGACCUUAAAGAUAUUAGAAACAUUUAUCUCGACGGGAACAAACUCACCGGUUCAAUCCCGGAGUCUUAUGGGAAAUUCACUGGUACUGCACCUGCGCUUUACUUGGCUCGCAAUAAACUCACUGGUCCGAUUCCAAAAUCUUUUGGAGCUUUGGCAUAUCCCUAUAUUGACUUGUCAAGGAACAAACUUACAGGGGAUGCAUCCAUGCUUAUUAAACCCAACCAUGAUUUCACAACAUUCAUCGACCUGUCGAGGAACCAGUUUGAGUUUGAUCUAUCAAAGGUAAAGUUUCCAAAGAACUUAAAUUGGUUUGAUAUAUCACAUAACAAAAUAUUUGGUGCAAUCCCUGAUGAGAUUAAGAAUUUGGAAAGUUUGAAUCAGUUGAAGCUAGGUUACAACAGGUUAUGUG